UUUGUCGUGUAUCGAGAGCACACCGUUUGUUGCCUAAGAGAGCCUCUCCUUCUGCUGCUAAGAUGAGUGUCUCUCAGGAGAGAGAGGAGGCUGCAGGUCACAGUAAAACACCCAGACCAGAGUCUGCAGCACACAGCUGUGUGCAACAAAGCAGCAAAGCAACACACUCUGAUGGAGGCCCACAGACAGACAGACCUCCAUCUCCAGUGCCCAGCUGUGUGUCCAUGAAGAGUGAUCAGUCCAUGGAUGAUAUUCUCAACUUCAGCAGUGAACCAGUUCCACCAGGUCUAAAGCCACAGACAGACAGACCUCCAUCUCCAGUGCCCAGCUGUGUGUCCAUGAAGAGUGAUCAGUCCAUGGAUGAUAUUCUCAACUUCAGCAGUGGACCAGUUCCACCAGGUCUAAAGCCACAGACAGACAGACCUCCAUCUCCGGUGCCCAGCUGUGUGUCCAUGAAGAGUGAUCAGUCCAUGGAUGAUAUUCUCAACUUCAGCAGUGAACCAGUUCCACCAGGUCUAAAGUCAAGGGCUGAUCUGACCCAGGAUCAGUCCAGGUGUGGAGUGUGUGAGCAGGUCCUGAGGGACCCAGUCAUCACCACCUGUGGACACAGUUUCUGCAGGCAGUGCAUCAGCAGCUACUGGGAGCAGCCUGGACUACCAGGAGACCAAGCCUGUCCCCAGUGUGGAAAGACCUGCAGAACCCAACCUCCUCUACAGCCUCCUCUGGAUGAACACACAGAUAUGAGCACACAGGGUGAACACACUGGCUUGAUCAACAGCAGGAGACACCUGCGCACUGAACAUACACCAGGCAGAAAGAGGGAACUAGAUGAGGACCUGAGGAGAGUUAUAAAGAAUCACAAAGCCAGUCUGAAGAGGAGGUUUGAAAACAUCUCUGAAGGCAUCAUCAAACCAGGAGCUGAGAUUCUCCUCAAUAAGAUCUACACACAGCUCUACAUAACAGAGGGAGAGAGUGAAGGGGUGAAUAAGGAGCAUGAGGUUUGGCAGCUAGAGUCAGCGUCCAGAUCUCAAUCCACAGAAGACACACCAAUCAACUGCAACGACAUCUUCAAGCCCUUACCUGGACAGGAGAAGCACAUCAGAACUGUGAUGACCAAAGGUGUUGCUGGAAUUGGAAAAACUGUCUCAGUUCAGAAAUUCAUUCUUGAUUGGGCAGAUGGGGUAGCCAAUCAGGAUAUAGAUUUUAUGUUUCCCCUUUCUUUCCGUGAGCUUAAUUUAGUCAGGGGUGAUCAGUACAGUCUUCACAGGCUCCUGCUUGAUUUCAAUCCUAAACUGAAGGAGCUGAAUGACAGUGAUGGAUAUAAAGACUGUCAGGUUCUGUUCAUCUUUGAUGGUUUGGAUGAGAGUCGGUUGACUCUCAACCUGGAACAGAACAGUAAGUUGUCUGAUGUGAAACAAACAUCAUCAGUGGAUGUUCUGAUGACAAGCCUCAUUCAGGGAACUCUGCUUCCCUCUGCACUUAUCUGGAUAACCUCAAGACCAGCUGCAGUCAGUCAGAUUCCUACUCAGUUCAUCGACCAGGUAACAGAAGUACGAGGAUUCAAUGACACACAGAAGGAAGAAUACUUCAGGAAGAGAAUCGGUGAUGAGAGUCUGGCCAACAGAAUCACUUCACACAUUCAAACAUCCAGGAGUCUCCAUAUUAUGUGCCACAUUCCAGUCUUCUGUUGGAUUGCAGCUACUGUACUUCAGCAGAUACUGGAAAGGAAAACCAUCAAAGACAUUCCCAAAACACUGACUGAGAUGUUCAUACACUUCUUGCUCAUCCAAACCACAAGAAAGGAUCAGAAGUAUCAGAGUGGACCUGAAACAGAUACAAAGAAACUUCUGGAAUCUCAGAGAAACAUUUUACUGAAGCUGGCAGAACUGGCUUUCAAGAAUCUAGAGAAUGGCAACCUCAUGUUUUAUGAGGAAGACCUGAGAGAGUGUGGCAUUGAUGUCAGUGAAGCCUCAGUGUACUCUGGUAUGUGCACUGAGAUCUUCAAGACAGAACAUGUGGAAUCUCAACAGAAGAAGGUCUACUGCUUUGUGCAUUUGAGUGUCCAGGAGUUUCUGGCAGCUGUGUUUGUGUUUCACUCGUAUUUGACUAAGGACCAUGAGGCAUUAAAAUCCCUCUUCAGUGAUGAGCGUAGAGAUGAACUCAAUCCAUCAAGGUUAUAUUCUUUUCAAUCAGCACUAGGAUUAAAACCUCAAGACAACUUACAUGUCUUACUUAAGAGUGCAGUUGAUAAGGCUUUGGAGAGCCAGAACGGACACCUGGAUCUCUUCCUUCGCUUCCUUAUGGGCAUUUCUGUGGAGAAAAAUCACAGACUUCUGCAAGGUCUACUGAGCAACACACACAGCAGUUCUCAUAGUAUUAAGGAAACAUGUCAGUACAUGAAGAAACUCAACAGAGAAGGUCUCUCUGCGGAACGAUGCAUCAAUCUUUUCCACUGCUUAUUUGAAAUGAAUGAUGAUUCCAUGCACAAAGAAAUUCAGACAUACUUGUCAUCACCAAAGAACAUCAAACAGAAGUUAUCUCCUGCCCACUGUUCAGCACUGGCCCACAUGCUUCUGAUGUCUGAGGAUGUGCUGGAUGAGAUUGAGCUGAAGAAAUACAACACAUCAGAUGAGGGACGCAGGAGACUGAUCCCAGCUGUGAGGUGCUGCAGAAAGGCACGACUUGCUGAAUGCAAACUCUCAGAGAAGUCCUGUGGAAUUGUGGCUGCUGUUCUACAGUCUCCAAACUCCCUGAUAGAGCUGGACCUGAGUCACAAUGACCUGGGAGAUUCUGGAGUUCAGCUUCUCUCUAAGGGACUGUCUAGUCCUAACGCCAAACUGCAGACCUUAAGGCUCAGUAAGUGUGGCAUCUCAGAUGAAGGUUAUGUUUGUCUGGCUCUGGCUCUGAUGUUAAACCCCUCCUGUGUAAAUGAACUGGAUGUGAGCAACAAUCAUCCUGGAGAAUCAGCACAGAAACUGUUAUCUGCUACACUAGAGGAUCCUCACCGUAAAGUAGAAGCACUUAAAUUUGCUGACUGUAAACUCACAAAUAAAUCCUGUGAGAUUGUUACUUCAGUUCUACAAUCACCAAACUCCCUGCUUCAGCUGGACUUGAGUCACAUUGAUCUGGGGGAUUCUGGAGUUCAGCUUCUCUCCAAAGGACUGUCCAGUUUUAACUGCAAAAUACACACAUUGAGGCUCUCUGAUUGUCUCAUCUCAGAGAACGGUUGUGGUUUUCUGGCUUCAGCUCUGACUUCAAACCCCUCCCAUCUAAGAGAGCUGGAUCUGAGCUACAAUUGUCUUGGAGAAUCAGGACUGAAGCUGUUAUCUGCUAGACUGGACGAUCCUGUUUGUAAACUGGAGAUACUUAAAACUGACCCCGCUUUAGCCCAUGCUUUAGACAGAGCACGACCAGGUUUGCUGAGAUAUGCCUGUGAUCUCACACUGGACCCAAACACAGCACACAGAGAACUCUCUCUCUCUGAGGGGAACAGAAAGGUGACACGUGUGUUAGAGCAGCAGCCGUAUCCUAAACAACCAGAGAGAUUUGACUACUGGUCUCAGGUGUUGUGUAGAGAGGGUCUGACUGGACGCUGCUACUGGGAGGCUGAGUGGAGUGAUGAUGAUGGAGCUAGAAGAGGAGGAGCUGAUAUAUCUGUGGCCUAUAAAAGCAUCAAGAGGAAAGGGGACAGUGAUGACGUCAUAAUGGGACGGAAUGCCAAGUCCUGGAGUCUGCGCUGCUCUCCUCACGGUUACUCUGUCUGGCACAAUAAUAAAGAGACUGCCAUACCUGCCCCCUCCUCCGGCUCCAGAAGAGUAGGAGUGCACCUGGACUGGCCGGCCGGCACUCUGUCCUUCUACAGUGUCUGCUUUAACACACUCACCCACCUGCACACGUUCCACUCCACAUUCACUGAGCCCCUUUAUCCAGGGUUUGGGGUUGGUUAUGUCUCCUCAGUGUCCCUGUGCCAGAUCACAUGAGCUCCUCCUCCAACAGGUACAUCCACCUGUCACCCUUUCUCUCAAUCCUCAGUCUCUACUCCACCUCUCCUCUCUUUCCCCCUCUCCUCUGUUUCUCUCUCUCUCUUUCCCCUCCCUCAGUCUCUACUUCCCCUCCCUUCUCUCUCUCAUUCCCCUCCCUUUCUCUCUACCUCUCUGUCCUCUCUUCCUCUCUCUACUCCCUCUUUUUCUCCCUUUCUCCUCUUCGUCUCUUUCUGAUCCUUCAUUCUUUCUCUGUCUCCUCUCCCCGUCCUACUCCUCCUCCUCCUGUUUUCUCCCUUUUCCCUCUUCCUCUUCUGUCUGUGUGUGUGUGUGUGUGUGUGUGUGUGUGUGUGUGUGUGUGUGUGGGUGGUUUGUAUGAAACUGCCAAAAUUCAAACAUGAAUUCAUCAACACAAGACACUGCGCACAGGGUUCGUACGGGUACUUGAAAUCCAUGAAAAUGCUUGGAUUUUAAUGUGGUGUUUUCAAGGUUUGAAAAAUGCUUGGAUUUUGGGUAAAGUGCUUGUGAAUGCUUGAAAGUGCUAGGCCUACAUAUUUCUCGGCAGUCUGACCCAAUAGACCAAUUAUUAAAUGAAGGGAAAUAAAAUUAAUUUGCUGUCUAUUAGGGCGCUGCGCUGACAAUGACGACGGGUUUGGUGCUUCUCAUUCAUCACUCCGCAAACAUGUCCGUUCGCUAGUCUUCUUCAUUGAAAGUGAAAGCAGACAUGUGUUGAUGAAUGUUUGAUGCAAGUUCGAUGUGUGUGGUGAACUAUUUGUUUCUUAGCAGAAGCCAUGAAACGGUAAAGGUUAUUUAUUUAAAGAGACAUCAUUUAUGAAGUUGUUUUGGCUUUGCCACGUGUUCGCGUCCAGUUUGACACGUGGAUUUUCCGAUAAUAAUGACAGCAGCAAUCUCGUGAUGCUGAUAUUGACUUUUAAUUUAUGCGCGUGUAAGUCUAAGCUAUUGUGCUUGAAGUUAGCUGUGACCGACUAGCCUACUGGUUUUCAUCGUUUUAACCACAAAGCCUGUCGACCUUAGGUCUACUAAAUUGUUUAGUUAACACCUUGUCAUUUCGCGUUUGUCCAGCCGUUCACCCCCGUGCGCCCCAUGUCAUUCAAAACAUAUUUCGGGAUAGCCAUCUCUCUUUGAGAAAACGUAUGACAAUAGUGCUAAGAUAUUGACACGUUGGCAUGCUUGGUAAACAUCAGUCUUGCACAUAAUAUUGAGCUGAUUUUUUUAGUGGAAAUGGCUUGCUAUCGUAUUGUGCUGAUGGAUGAAAAAAGUCGCCUAUUUAAAGGCACAGCCUGAAUUUUAAUCAUAGCUCUCCAUUUAGUGUGUGCACUUUAACAACUAGUGAUGAAGCAUAUAACAGUAGGGUCUGCUAUUUAUUUUAGGAGAAGGGGUGUAGGGCAUGAUACUUUGGAAGGAGAGGGAGUGGUGCAAUUUGAUUUUCUUCGGAGCAACCUCUUCAAACAGCAUCAAUAUCAAUAGGCCUAUGGUUCACUAUCAGGACUAGAGGACUGUAAGGGGGCAGGCUAUAUGUGAUCAAGUAGGCCUAUAUUAAAACAUGUAGUCAAAAUUAUAACGUUAUGUUGAUUUAAGUUGAAACAAAACAUGUUAUGAACUGAGAAAAUCCAUGGUUCUACAUCAAUGUUGGCAAAAUGAUCAUGAUAGCCUACAUAUUUCAGCGAUAUCUGGUUUAGUCUUGAGUAGGCCUACUUUGCUAUAAAUUAGUUAUAGACUUAUAUAUAGACUAUAUUGUGGUAUGUUAUAAUGUUUGAAAUAUAUAUAUCACAGUUUAUCAAUAGUUCUCAUAAAAGUCAUCAGAUGUCAUCAUUUAAGGGGUUAUUUUUCAAAAAUUUCUCCCGGGGGUGCUGGGUAUAUUUUCCUCUUUUUUGUCCUUUAACAAUCACACCCCUGAAAUAUGGUGUGAAUCAAUCCAUGCUGUUCAACAUUAUCGAGUGCUGUCAGUAAGAAAAAGAACAAGGAAAUUUGAUAUGACAUAGACCAAAUAGAGCAGCAGCAAACACUAAUGAAAUGGUUCCAUUUUCUAUGCCCCAUUCAGUUAACCUAAUGAUAGCUGCUGGUAGGCCUAUUGGGCUUAGGUUGUAUCAAAUUUUCUGGUUCUUUGUCCUACAGUGACCUCAAACAACAGGGCUUUGGAUUUGUUCACACUCGAUUUCGGUACUGGAAAACUGGUCUUAAAAGUCCUUAAAAAGUGCUUGAAUUUGACCAUGAAAAAGGUGUACGAACCCUGUGCGCAACAUUCCGCAGUGACCACGUAACCGUAGCAACAUCUAUUGUGAUGUAAGCACCUGGUGCUUGAUCUGUGGCCCUGGCAGUUGAGCAUGCUGCAGGAACACCAGGGGCCGGUUGCACAAAGCACCUUAAGUUUUGUUCCUUAAGUAUCAACCUUAAGGCUUAAUUUCUCCUUAGGUAAGGAAUUUAUUUAAGGGCGUUGCACGAAAUUUCUUAAAUGGUAUCCUUAGGUAAGGAACUCCGUUAAGUGAUUUACUGCAUUAAAAGCGGUUUUCUGGCACGAAAAUUCUACAGUUUCCACGGAGAUUGUUUGUUUGCUAAUUUGCGCUUGGGGUGAAAUGCGGUACUGUCCAAAAUAUUAUAAAGCUGUGUGCAUUUGUCUAUGGGAUAGCGAAUAACACAUUACAAGUCUGAGUGUAACUAGUGUAUGUAACUAACUUUGACCAGUUUGACAGGUGACGGCCAAACACGGCGCACCUUAGAGCAGUGACAUUCACGAAGUUACCGAUGUACCUACCGUUAGCAAUACAUAACGUAGCCUACGUUUAGCCAAGUGUCUCUGGUUCAGCACACUUGUUGUAACUAGCUUGCUAGUAAGAUAUGCUAUUAGCCAGCAAUCCACCAAACACAAUAGCCUAAUGAUCUUAUAAUCUUACUGUAAUAAUUUUCGGUGACAUUUAUCCAUUCAUCAAGUAAAUCCUGAUAUAGACAUGAACUGAACAAUACUAGCUAGCUAGUUAUCCUGCGCUGUGUGUGCGCUAUGAUUUUUGCUGUCAUCUGCACCAAAACAAGCAUUUUUUUGUUACGUGUUGUUGACUGGGGCACCGAACCAAAGCCCAUUGAACUAGCUUCAAUUAGGGCGAAUUGAGUAGCCCAUGUUACCAUCGCUAGGCCUAAAUAAACUAGGCUACAUAACGAUUUCUGGUCGGCCUAUUUGAUAGAAGAGUAAUGAUAUUCGCUAAAGUUUUAUUUUCAGUUGCCAAAAGUGGUUAAUUAACUUAAAAUAUCAGCAUUAACUCAGAUAAUAAUAUGCUUAAGGUAGGGUCAGAGGUCCCUUAGGUUUUUCCCCUUACUUAGGCUGCUAAGGUCGUUUGUGCAACGGUUUAAGGGAUUUCUUAUAAGAUAAGUAGAAAACCUUAAAUACUUAAGGGAAAAUGUUAAGGAAAAUACUUAAGGGUGUUUGUGCAACCGAUCUUAGCUUAAGGGGGCCUUAAGUCAGAUUUUAAGGGAAAACCUUAACUUAAGGUGCUUUGUGCAACCGGCCCCUGAGUCACACACUCCUGUUCAUACACAUGUGUAAUGCUGAGAUGCUAUCAAGGUACUGAUAUUUUUUGGUGAUACUAAACAAAUGCUGAUAAUGUUUUCUUCAUAUUUUGCGUUUUUCCUAAAAUGAAUGUGUAAAUUAAAAAAUUCAGCAACACAACCUCAUGUGUUGUUCUCCCUAAAGUUUAGUUAUUUGCUGAAUCUCUUUGAAAAUUAUUUCUAUACAGUAUGUUUUGACACAGAACUAAAGAACAUGCUUGUUUUUCAAAUAUGUAAAUAAAAUGUGUUUUUGACUUUAAAAUGUAUGAAUAAAGAUUGUGAAA